CUCAAUCUCAUCACUCAAAAAGUACCAAAAUCUGUCUCUACCUUUGAGAAUCUUUGAAACCCCAACAAUCUUUUUCUUUUAAAACAUGUGGAAAUUAAUGGGUUCCUCUCAAUUUUCUAAACCAUCCUAUCUUUUCCUUUUCCUUGCUCAAUUGAGCUUAAUAAUUCACGUGUGUCUUGGAGCAAGAAAGCUAACAUCACUCUACCGACCUCCACCCAUGGCCCUAACUUACCAUGGUGGUGCUUUGCUUGAAGGGGACCGCCCAGUUUCAAUUCUAUGGUAUGGAAAUUUCGCACCACCCCAAAAAUCCAUUGUUGUUGAUUUUCUUCUCUCUCUUAAUCAUAUUGAUCCACAAAAAGACCAACAAUCCAAGUCCUCAGUCUCUCUCUGGUGGGGCACAGUCCAAACCUACAUGAAAAAAGCUGGCAAAAAGCCAACCCGCAUUUCUCUCUCAACCCAACUCUCAGACAAAAACUACUCAAUUGGCAAAAACUUGAAGAAAUCUCAUGUCUCCGAGUUGCCUCACCGGGUCAACUCGUCACCCGGUGGGUUGACUCUUGUCCUCACAUCGCAUGACGUGGCGGUUGAGGACUUUUGCAUGAGCAACUGUAGGUCCCAUGGCCACAAAGGCAACUCGGUGACUCAAUGCCCGGGUCAGUGUGCGUGGCCGUUCCACCAACCCGUGUACGGGCCACAGACAUCACCGCUGGGUGCACCCAACGGUGACGUGGGGGUGGAUGGCAUGGUCGUAAAUAUCACGAGUCUUUUGGCCGGUUCUGUGACGAACCCGUUUGGAAGCGGCUACUAUAUGGGCUCGGCUGAGGCUCCCCUGGAGGCGGCUUCGGCUUGUCCUGAGGUGUACGGGAAAGGGGCUUAUCCCGGUUAUGCUGCGGUGUUACAAUUGGACACAAGUUCUGGUGCGAGCUACAAUGCGAUUGGUGUGAACGGGAGGAAGUACCUCUUGCCUGCUCUGUUUGAUCCUAAUACUUCUCAGUGUUCAACCGUUGAGUGAGAGUGUUGAGCUUAGAAGGACACGUGGCUCUUUUGUGGUGAUCGUUGUAUAUAUUAAUGUGUGGGUGUUUUGUUGCUUUCAAUUUCAAUGCCUCCUCGCACGUAUUGAGAAUUUUGAAGGCAGAAGGGGCCAUGCAAAGUGGCUCACCUGGUUGGGAUGGGCUUUUAGUCCAGCUAAAGAUGUGUUUUGUGUAGAAGUUUACGUAUGAACAGCCCGUUUACAAAGCCACAUCCAUGUCAAUGCAAGAGGUUUUAGGGCUUGUUCAAGAUCAGCACAAAUAUAAACAUCGCUGAAUUUGGGUCCUUAUAGUUUUGUUGUCUCGAAUUAGCCCAUGUACUUUACUACACGUGCCUCU